AUGCGGGCCACACAAACCGCUGCUGCUGCAGCAGCACUGGCAGCAGAAGCCUCCGGCCGCAGCAGCAGCAGCAGCAGCAGCAGCAAGAGGCAUGAGUGCCCCAUAUGCUUCGAGUGUUUUUCUCUAGACGACGAGCUGCGUCCUAAAGUCCUAUCUUGCGGCCACACCUUGUGCUGCAGUUGCGUCUGUAGACUCAUUGACUCCGACGCAGCAGCAGCUAACCCUUUGCUGCCGCUGCUGCUGGAGGUUGCUGCUGCCAGGCGGCGCGUGCAAGAGCUGCAGCAGCAGCAGCAGGAGCAGCAGCAGCAGCAGCAGCAGCAGCAGCAAACCGAAGGCUUACUCUCAGCAGCAGCUGCUGGUGCUGCACUUGCGGGCAUAACUUCACCGUGGGGCGCCUUUGGCACAGCAGCAUCUGUUGCAUUCAGCCAAGCAGCAGCAGCAGCAGCAGCAGCAGAAGCAGCAGCAGCAGAGCAGCAAAGGCUGCGCUCGCUGCUCUCCUCGAGCCUUCUUGCUGCUGCUGUCCGCUGCCCUUGCUGCCGCUGCUGGGGCCGCGUAGCAGCAGAAAAUUUGGCGCUGCUGCAGUCUGCAGAAGAGGUGAGACUCGCGCUGCCAGCAGCAGCAGCAGCAUCAGCAGCAGCAGCUGCUGCUGCUGCUGCUGCUCUGACUGCAGCAGCAGCAAGUCCGUUGCAGCAGCAGCAGCAGCAACUGCGCUGCUGCUGCGGCGGCAGGAGGAGCAACACCGUAGGCGUCGUCUUGAGCAGCAGCAGCAGCAGCAGCAGCAGCAGCAGCAACAGCAGCAGCAGCAGCUCCAGCUGGAGCAGCAGCGCCGAAGAGACCUUAAAAGGCGGCCCCGAGAAGCAGAAGAGACAGACAACCAGCAGCAAACGUGGGCCCCUCUACCCUCCUGCAGCAGCAGCAGCAGCAGCAGCAGCAGCAGCGCCUGCUGCAGCAGAUGCGGCGAAUGUGUAG